ACUUCUAAUCAAUUAAGUUAAAGGUGACUAUCUCAAUAUGUAAAGACAAGGAGAAAUGUUUUAAGAAUCUAACGUCUCUAAUCCCAUAAUUAUUCACUUUACACAAUAUAAUCAACUUUUUCACCUAAACAUGAAUUUAGACCGUGGGGCAUGAUUGAAUGAAGAUCAAGGCACAACAUAACAUUUGAACAUCUUUUCACUAGUCCCCAUACCCCUCUUUUCGACUUUUCCUCUUCCUAAUCCUCUUUUUCCCGUCGUCCUCACCUUCUCCUGGCAUCUCUUUUUUCUCUCUCCUGUCAUCUUUUACGCAAAUAAAGGUUGGCAAACACUUUCUUUUCCACAUAUUAUGACUUUAAAUCUACCCUUUGUUUCUCCUUAACCCCACUCAUUUUUCACCUUCUCUUCCAAACAAACAAUCCCUUAAAAAGUUAAACAAUCAAGUAUCUCAUUGAAUCUUCCUUUCUUCUUUCCCAAAGAACUCAUCAAUGGAUUCUCUUCAUCAUUAUGUCAUAAUACCUUUCAUCUUAUACUUCACCCUCUUUUACCCCCACCUCACUUCAGCCGGUCUACUCUCCGAGCCAGUCCAACCCACCAAACCAGACGACUACCCCACCACCCCAAACACCGUCCCGGCAUUCCCACUCCAAACCGACUCACAAACCUGCCACUUAGACCUCUCUGACGAGCUCUUCGGUGGGGUCAAUGAAGCAUGUGGGCACAACCUAGACCGUAGCCGCUGCUGCCCGGUUCUAGCCGCGUGGCUGUACGCGGCUCAAGCUCGGUCCGCUCUCGAACUACCCCCGGAUCAACCCCCCGUUACCCCUGACUCGGACUCUGUUUUACCCAUGAUGCCUGAAUCCGACUCCCAAAAAUGUGUCAACUCGCUUCAAUCAUCGCUUUCGAAACGAAACAUCACUCUUCCUCAGCCGAAUAGCACAUGCGACACCUUUUUGUGCUUUUGUGGUAUUCGGCUUCAUCAAAUCGCGUCGUUAAGUUGUCCUGCUGCGUUUAAUUUGACAGCGAAUUAUGGGAAUGCGACACCUACUGCUAGCGUCAGGAAUUUGGAGAAAAACUGUCGUAAUUCUACUUAUGCUGGGUGUACUAAAUGCCUUGGUGCUCUUGAAAAGUUAAAAGACGGGGGCAAGAACGGAACAAAAGUUAAAAGAGGCAGUACUACUAGCAGAGCAUCAAAAAUGUUCAACAGAGAUUGCCAACUAAUGAGUUUGACGUGGCUUUUGGCGCGUAACAAAACAUUGUACAUACCAACAGUCUCGGCUGUACUGCGCGCAAUCAUGUAUAGCGCGCACCCUCACCAAUCUAAGUGCAGCCCUGACCAAGAGAACAUGCCUCUGGCCGUCGAUUCGCUACAAUUUGACAAAUUCAACUCAUCCGCAUCAUCUCCGGCGUCUAUUUCUUUUUUCUUUCGCCUCGGCAUAAUUUACGUAUUUACCCUUUUGUUACUAUUAUUAGGGUAACCCUUAAAAUAUAAACUUAAUUACUUUCUCUCAGUAGAAAUUUUCCCUCUCUUGAUUUGUCUGCUUCUUCUGCUUCACCUUCUGCUUUGUAUCUUCUGAUGUUUGCGUUGUCAGAGUCACGUGAAGCUAGUGGGCACAUUUUGGCGUUGUUUACAGGGGGCUAUUUUUGUCAUUUUAUCCUCUGUAAAUUACUUCGAUUAGAAGUUGGGAUUUUUGUAGGCAACUGUUUUGUCUCAUUAUUUGGUAAAUAAAUUUGUAUAUGUUCCUAA